AUGUCAGGAAGAGGCAAAGGAGGUAAAGGACUCGGCAAAGGAGGCGCUAAGCGUCAUCGCAAGGUUUUGCGUGAUAACAUCCAGGGAAUCACCAAACCCGCCAUCCGUCGUCUCGCUCGUCGUGGUGGAGUCAAGCGUAUCUCCGGUCUGAUCUAUGAGGAGACUCGCGGUGUGUUGAAGGUGUUUUUGGAGAACGUUAUUCGAGACGCCGUCACCUACACUGAACACGCCAAGAGAAAGACCGUCACCGCCAUGGAUGUCGUCUAUGCUCUGAAGCGUCAGGGUCGCACUCUGUACGGUUUUGGAGUAAUCAUGCCUGAGCCAGCGAAGUCCGCACCUAAGAAGGGGUCCAAGAAGGCCGUUACUAAAACCGCCGUAAAGGGCGGUAAGAAGCGCAAGAGGUCCAGGAAGGAGAGCUAUGCUAUCUACGUCUACAAGGUCCUGAAGCAGGUUCAUCCUGACACCGGGAUUUCCUCUAAGGCCAUGGGGAUCAUGAACUCUUUCGUCAAUGAUAUUUUCGAGCGUAUCGCCGGUGAGUCCUCUCGUCUCGCUCACUACAACAAGCGCUCCACCAUCACAUCGAGAGAGAUCCAGACCGCCGUGCGUCUGCUGCUGCCCGGUGAACUCGCCAAACACGCCGUGUCUGAGGGAACAAAGGCCGUCACCAAAGAUUUGACUUUAGUCAUGGCAAGAACAAAGCAGACCGCUCGUAAAUCCACCGGAGGCAAAGCGCCCAGGAAGCAGCUCGCUACUAAAGCUGCCCGUAAGAGCGCUCCAGCUACCGGCGGUGUGAAGAAGCCUCAUCGUUACAGGCCCGGUACCGUAGCGCUGAGAGAAAUCCGCCGUUACCAGAAAUCUACUGAGCUUCUGAUCCGUAAGCUGCCUUUCCAGCGUCUGGUGAGAGAAAUCGCCCAGGACUUCAAGACUGAUCUGCGCUUCCAGAGCUCUGCCGUCAUGGCCCUGCAGGAGUCCAGCGAAGCUUAUUUGGUCGGCUUGUUUGAGGACACCAACCUAAGCAUUCCUGAAAUCAUGUCAGGAAGAGGCAAAGGCGGUAAAGGACUCGGUAAAGGAGGCGCUAAGCGUCAUCGCAAGGUUCUGCGUGAUAACAUCCAGGGAAUCACCAAACCCGCAAUCCGUCGUCUCGCUCGUCGUGGUGGUGUCAAGCGUAUUUCCGGUCUGAUUUAUGAGGAGACCCGCGGUGUGCUGAAGGUGUUUUUGGAGAACGCUAUUCGUGACGCUGUCACCUACACUGAACACGCCAAGAGAAAGACCGUCACCGCCAUGGAUGUCGUCUAUGCUCUGAAGCGUCAGGGUCGCACUCUGUACGGUUUCGGAGGUUAA